UGUGUUUCUCUCAGCUGGCGUCUCUCGGUUUGCUCGUGCGCACCGCGCGAGACGCACGCAGGACGGGGCGGAUUUACCGGAAUACGGUCGGAACGGCGUCGCAGGAUGAGCGUUUCUCCGCAGCAGCGCUGAAGGAGCGACGCAGCCCGGUUCUGCUGUGAAUCGGGUGUGCUGGUGUCCACUGGAAUACUGUAGCGAUGAUUAUCUGUCAAUCACAGCAGAGCCGGCCCCCCGCAGCAGUUCGUGACCAAUCAAAAGUGGACAAGAGGGCGGAGUCAGUUUGACUGACAGGCGAGAGACAUACACUCAAAUUCUGAGCCCUACCCCAUCUCUUCAGCUCAGCGAUGGUCACGUAGAAGCACAGACACAUUUCUGUUGCAUUCAUUUUACAUCCCAAUCAUGUAGAUACAACUUUAUCCAUCGGUUUUCCUUCCUUCAGCUGUUUGUUUGUAUUUGUUUGUGUGAUGCUCGGUGUGCUCCGCCUGCGCCGUCUCGUUCGCCAGGUGCCGCUACAGACCAGCUUCAUCUUCCUCUUCCUCCUGUGCGUCCUCAGCGUCUUCCUCUCUUCCUACUUCCUGUUUGUCGUCAAACGAGAGCUGGAACCGUCGCUCGCAGCAGGACAUGCGGUUGGUGACCUCUAUGUGACCCCGUCUCGGCCCCUCCCCUUCCUGUCUGGAGUGGGUGGGACACUGUCGUCUGAUGGCUCUCGGACGGAUCCGGUCGUGCUGGUGUUCGUGGAGAGUCCGUAUUCGCAGCUCGGACAGGAGAUCGUGGCCAUCCUGGAGUCGGCGAGGUUUCGCUACCGGACGGAAAUCUCUCCCGGAAAAGGAGACAUGCCCACAUUAAUGGACGGACAGCGGGGCCGCUUUGUGCUUAUUGUGUACGAAAACAUCCUGAAGUAUGUGAACAUGGACGCCUGGAACAGGGAGUUACUGGACAGAUACUGUAUCGAGUUUGGAGUGGGAAUGAUCAGCUUCUUUAAGGCGAAUGAGAACAGUCUGCUGAGUGCGCAGCUGAAAGGAUUCCCGCUGUUCCUGCACUCCAACCUGGGCCUGAUGGACUGUACCGUCAACCCCAAAUCCCCUCUGCUGCAUGUCACACGAGCACGACAGGUGUUUAACGGUCCUCUCCCCGGGGACGACUGGACCGUCUUCCAGUCCAAUCACUCCACCUAUGAGCCGGUUCUGCUGGCUAAAACCCGUUCGGCCGAGAGCACUGGACUCAUACACACGUCCGUGGUUCAGGAUCUCGGGCUUCAUGAUGGGAUCCAGAGGGUUUUGUUCGGACACAACCUCUCCUUCUGGCUUCACAAGCUGGUGUUUGUGGAUGCGCUGUCCUUCCUCACCACUAAGAGACUGUCUCUGUCCCUCGAGCGCUUCAUACUGGUGGACAUCGAUGAUAUAUUUGUGGGAAAGGAAGGGACCAGGAUGAAGGUGGCAGAUGUGAAGGCGUUGGUUGAAACUCAGAAUGAGCUGCGAAGGUCGAUUCCAGGUUUCACUUUUAACCUGGGCUUCUCAGGGAAGUUCUUCCACGCAGGCACUGAUGAGGAGGAUCGGGGUGAUGAUCUGCUGCUGUCGUAUGCUGAUGAGUUCUGGUGGUUUCCUCACAUGUGGAGUCACAUGCAGCCGCACGGCUUCCAUAACCAGAGUGUGUUAGCAGAGCAGAUGAUGCUGAACCGACGCUUCGCUGAGGAUCACUCCAUCCCGACUCACCUGGGUUACGCGGUGGCUCCUCAUCACUCCGGUGUGUAUCCCGUCCACAUCCAGCUGUACGAGGCCUGGAAGCGUGUGUGGGACAUCAGAGUGACCAGCACUGAGGAGUAUCCACACCUCAAACCCGCUCGAUUCAGACGUGGAUUCAUCCACCGUGGCAUCAGGGUUUUGCCCAGGCAGACGUGCGGUCUGUUCACACACACCAUCUUUCAUAAGGAGUACCCCGGCGGGCCGCAGGAGCUGGAGCGGAUCAUUGACGGAGGGGAGCUGUUCCUCACUGUCCUGCUCAAUCCCAUUAGCAUCUUCAUGACGCACCUGUCGAACUACGGGAACGACUGCCUGGGUUUGUUCACCUUCAAACGGCUGCUCAACUUCCUGCUCACCUGGACUCACCUGAAACUACAGACGCUUCCUCCGCUGCAGCUCGGCAACAAAUACUUCCAGCUGUUUCCGUCGGACGCCGAGCCGCUCUGGCAGGACCCCUGUGAGGAUAAAAGACACAAGGACAUUUGGUCGAAAGAGAAAACCUGCGACCGUUUCCCAAAACUGCUGCUCAUUGGCCCUCAGAAGACGGGAGCGACGGCUCUCUAUCUGUUUCUGGGGAUGCAUCCUGAUCUGAGCAGUAAUUACCCCAGUAAAGAGACGUUUGAGGAGAUUCAGUUCUUCAGCGGUCACAAUUAUCAGCGGGGCAUCGACUGGUAUAUGGAGUAUUUCCCCCUCCCGUCCAACAGCGGCUCUGAUUAUUAUUUUGAGAAAAGUGCCAGUUAUUUUGAUUCAGAUGUAGCUGCGGUCCGAGCCGCAGCGCUGCUGCCCAGAGCGAAAAUCAUCACGGUUCUGAGUGACCCUGUGGACAGAGCCUACGCCUGGUACCAGCAUCAGAGAGCACUGCAGCAGGACGGAGGAGUAGAGGGGUCCUGGCCUCAGCAAAUGAUUGGGACAUGCGGGCAGACCUGA